AUGGGUAUUUGUUCAGGAGUAUGUUAAUAGCAGGCUAAAAAUAUAGUAAAUGAAUCUGCAAUAAUUACAGAGACUAUCAAAUAAGCACUUUAAGAAGAUAUAAUAACAAAUAAAGAAAUUUAUUAAGAGGAGAGAUAGUUGCAUAUGGAGACAGGUGCAAUUUAUGAGGGCGAUUUGAUAAAUGGAAUUCGAAGUGGGAAGGGUAGAUAAGUAUGGCCAGAUGGUUCAUAUUAUGAGGGGGAUUUUGUGAAUGAUAUGGCAGAUGGAAAGGGAUUAUUAGUGAAUGCAGAAGGAAGUGUCUAUGAUGGCGAAUGGUUGGAAGACAAAGCAAGCGGUUUUGGAAAGUACUAGAGUCAUGAUGGCUUAUACUACGAAGGACAAUGGCUAGAGGACAAAUAGCAUGGUAUUGGGAAAGAGAUCAAUUCAAAAAAUGAAUGUUAUGAGGGCGAAUUUUUCAGAGGAGUUAAAUAAGGAACAGGGAAGUUGACUAUCAAUGACGGAGAGUUUUAUGAAGGCGAGUUUUAAAACGGAAUGAUGCAUGGUAAAGGAACUUAUACUUGGAAAAACAAUAAAUACUACACUGGAGAUUGGAAAGAGGGGAAGAUUGAUGGAUUUGGAAUAAUGAAAUGGGACGAUGGCAGAUACUACGAAGGGAAUUUUUUAAAUGGAAAAUAACAUGGAGAAGGUACAUUUGUUUGGAAGGGAAAAAAAUACAUAGGUGCAUGGAUAAAUGGUUAUUAAGAAGGGGAAGGAACUUAUUACAAUAAAAAAGGUGAAAGUAGAAUAGGAAUCUGGAAGAAUGGAAAGAGAGUAGAAUGGCUUGACGAUAAUAGUAGCAGUAAUAGCAUAGAAUAAACAUUUUGA